AGAACUACAGGCUUUGCGAUUUCGUUAAACCGACUUGGAUGGUUGGUUAGCGGAGACAUCGAGGGCGAGGGAGGUUUCCUCAUUCCGCCAUCAAGAUUGGAGGAGAUCAUCAUGCCUGGCGAUACAUGUUGGUUGGACACCUGCGAACUCCUGGCUUGUUUCACCCCCAUCGGCGAGCCGACUUCAAUGCCAUCCAUAUAUACUCUUGCGUCAUCUGUGCCUACUGAUCUUGGGGGUGUUCUCGAACCAGAAGAUGUCGAUGUCGACGACCUGAUUGAUGCUGACGUAUCGGCGGAGACUUUUGUUUGGCUCGACAACGAUGACCUUCGUGAGGACCUUGAUGAGCCCUCGACAUUGCAACUGGGUACCUCGACCACUCCAACGCUUGACCUUGCGGAUGCACCAUGCACUCCCUAUGCGCUUACUGGCCAUCGUAAGAACAUGUCGACCUAUGCCGAGGGAGUUUCGGUCUCGAAGACCGUGUUUUGGCUGACAUCGGUCAGGCAAAACCAACUCGAAGCUAUCAACGCCACGCUGUGGAACAGAAUUUGCAUGUGGGAUAUUCGGUGUAAGUACAUUGUAUGUAUACAGUGCAUGCAACUGCUUAGUCUCAUUCUCGGCUCUGUCUCUCAGUGCCUUCGUCCCUCUUCAUCCAUACGGUCUGAUAAUACUGAUAAGUUCAUUCAGAAUUUGGCAAUUUCUAAAUGGCUUACCUAGAAGCGCUCGUGCGCACCUCUGAGUCCCAGGAGACGCUCGAGUUCCUGCAUUUCCAUUUCAAACAUCCGGCGUUCCCUUGCGAUCCAUAACACCAUCAUCGCGCGCACCUCGUCUUGCCAGACUGGAGGCAGCGGAUAGGGAGGAAGUGGUAAGUUGGGUUCAUAAAGU